GUUACAGGUGGAUACAGGUGUUACACCCGAGCGAUCCGCGGUGUUUCAGAGAGCAGAAAGUGUUUUCCAUAACACGGCGUGCUGCAUCUACACCUGAACACUCGUGGAUUAAGUCUGGUUUCUUAUUUAAAAAGGAAGAUAAAGAUGAAUUUGGGGAUCUGCCUUUCACUUUUUCUGCUGGUUUGUGGUUUGAGCUCGACCCUGGCGCAGUCUAACAUCACUUGUGAGACCUAUUCCCAGAGAUCCUGCGAGGAGUGUUUGGCUAAUGUAUCGUGUCUGUGGUGUAUAAAAUCUUCGUCAUGUUUGACGUACCCUUACCAAACUAUCCUGCCUCCCAGCUCUCUGUGCCCGCUGAACGAUGCCCGCUGGGGACAGUGCACGAUAAACUUCCAGACCCUGAUCAUUACGUUGUCAGUGUUGGCUGCGGCCAUCAUCAUCGGGUUCUUCAUCUGCCUCUUCCAUUACUGCAAGUGUGAGAACUGUGGAAACUCCCUUCAAGAGCGAAAAACGCAGCGGAAAGCAGAGAAAAGGUCGUCUGAACAAGAGCACAGGAGAGCUGAGAUGAUGGCCAGACAUGAUGAGAUUCGGGAGAAAUAUGGUCUUAGCAAAGCGGGGAAUGCUUAUGCCAGGUUUGACAAUCCUUAAAGAGAGCCAGUGUUCCACAUCUUUUCUUCAAGCCACCAAAGCAUUCGCCAAACUUUUCCCGGCUUCUUCUUCAGCCCAGUCCUGCACUUUAAAUGCUGUCUGAUUGUUUUCUUUAAGCUGCUUAUGACUGCUCAAUAGCACGGCUUACUGGACGAUGUUGACUUCUGAUAAAUGUUUAUUCCUGUACAAACUUACUGUUUAACCAUAACCCUAUAAUGUAUAUAUUUAGAUCAAAAUGAACGUCAUGAAAGCUGUUUGUUGUACUGCUAUCAUUUGACUGUUACUUGCAAAAGAAAUACAAGAACAAAGAAAAAAGAAUUCAAUCUUUUUAUACAAACA